AUGUUCGAAAAGAAUCGGACGGACGGAAAAGGGGACUUCUUCAACGCUUUCUGGGCAUGGCACGACCUGGUAUCAUUCAUCAUCGCACUUCUUGUUUUCACGGCUUUCUGGUCCAUCACGACAUGGAUUCUGAUCAACCAAACAGUGUACAUUGAAGCGAUCGGAAUGUGUGCACUUCUCACGGAAGCGACGCUUGGAGUACCACAACUUCUUCGAAAUUUCCAGAGGAAGUCAACACAGGGAAUGAGUAUCCCAAUGGUUCUGGCUUGGUUGGCAGGAGACCUUGCAAAAACUGGAUACUUUGUAGCAACAGGCAGCCCACUUCAGUUUUGGAUUUGUGCCAUUCUUCAGAUUUCAAUUGACAUUUUCAUCCUGGGACAAGUAUUCGUGUAUAGGAAAAACACUGCGGCUGGGGAACUUCCCUACACAGCAAAUAAUCAGACGACGUCAAGUUCUCUAGAAGGAGCAACAAUUGAUUGA